AUGGCGCCGAUAACGCUGGAGAUGAUCCGACGCAGGGCGGAGCACAACGAGGGCAUGGUCUCGAACCUCGAGGAAGUCUCCCUGCAUCAGCAAGAGAUCGAGCGCAUCGAGGCGUUGGGGCACGUAUGCCGCCACCUGAAGAUCCUGUACAUGCAAAACAACCUCGUGAGCAAGCUGGAGAACCUCCACCGCCUCAAGGAGCUGGAGUACGCCAACUUCGCGGUGAACAACAUCUCUAAGAUCGAAAACUUACAACGCUGCGAGUCUCUCGUCAAGCUCGACCUGACGGUGAACUUCAUCGCGAAGGCGAGUCUGCUGACCGUGCACACGCUCGAGGCGAACUAUCAGCUCGAGGAUCUGUACCUCAUGGGGAACCCGUGCGCGGACUUUAGCGGGUACAGGGCGUUCGUCGUCGCGACGCUCCCGGGGAUAAAAAAACUCGAUGGCAAAGCCAUCACGCCGAGCGAACGCAUCCUCGCCGAGCAGGACCUCCCGAGGAUCACCGCGCAGCUCAUGAAAGAGCUGCGAGAGGAGGGCGUGGACAUCGAGGAAGCGAUGAAGGUGUCGGACGCGCGGGACCUCGCGCCGGACGAGGACGACGUCGCCGCGAUCGCGGAGAUGCCGGAGGACGAGCGCCCGUGGUGCGCGGCGACGAGAGUCGCGGAGCAACGCGAGACGGCGCGUCAGCGCGAAGAGAACGAGAGGAAGAAGAAGGAGCACCACGACCGGUACUUCAACAUCGACGGCACGAAGAAGGUGGAGCGCCGCGCGGGGUUCCCGGAGUUGCCGGAAGAUUACGACGUCGACGACGUCAAGCAGUGCAACGAGUCCGGCGCUGAGUUCCGACUGGACGAUUCCGAGGACGGCGCCUCCGUCGUGCUCGACGUCAAGGUGGGGAAGUACAUGGACACGAGCCUCAUGGACGUGGACGUCCAGACGCGUCUCGUGCGCGUGCUCGUCAAGGGGAAGAUGCUGUGUUUGGUGUUGCCCGAGGAAGUCAAGCCGGACGCGGCGUGCGCUCGGCGGAGUAAGACGACCGGGUCUCUCGUCGUGACGAUGCCGAAGGCG